UUCGACGAUGCCAAACUUCAAUUAUCAUCAAUUUACUGAGCAAUGUCCUAAUGGAUUUACAAAUUCAAUUGAAACAACUACAAGAAAAUUACCACCGAAAUCCCAACAAUAAGCACAUCAAAGAAAAUAUCAUUCAUCUACGAGAUAUUUAUUCUAAGGUUUGGUUGAUAAAAAAUCGAUUUAGCAGCUGUUUCGGGUGGUCUUUCAUCACAUUUGCCAUGGAUUACUGUUUUGAUUUCAUAAAUAGUUCGUAUUGGGGAUAUGUCACCAUCAAAACAUACAAGUCAACAUUAAAAACGAUACAUGUUUUGUACUAUCUUAUAUCGAUUAACUUAAAUUUUUGGUAUCUGUGUAUGAUUUCGGAACGUUGUCAAAACGCAGGAAAAGGUGUGGCAAAUGCAUUACACACUCCGUCCAACUAUCAAGAUCCACAAUACCAACGGUUUAUUCGCAUUUUUUCUAUCCAACUGUGGAAACAACCAAUUCAAAUCAAAAUAAAACAAAUGUUCACAAUUAAUUAUGCUCUCCUGAAGUCCGCUAUUGUUUUGAUAACAACCUACAUCGCGAUUGUGAUUCAAUUUCAAAUUGCCGAGGAGAAUGCAUCAAGUCUUUUGAAAAACAUUUGAAUACGAAUUCACUGAAGCCUUGAAUAAUUUUCCAGCCAAAAAUAUGGUUUCGUCAAAGAAGCGAUACAAUUUUCAAUCAUUCGAAUCAUUUUGGAGGCCAUUUGUUCGUGUCUUUCAAGUAUUCUGUGUAUCACACUAUUCCAUUUACAAUUCAAAGCAACGCAUCGAGCGCUUGAUAUAUCACAUCUUGGUUUUUACAAUGCACUGUCUUUGGGUUUGGGCAGCACUAAGUAUAAAGAGAUGCCACUAAUCUAGAGCCACUAAUGUCUCUUCAGGAAGAGGAAAUGUACAGGCGAUUUGAAGAAGUUAAUACCAUUUUCGCGACAAUGCAAUAUUCUAAUGGAUGUGAAAAUAUUGUUGAAACAACUACAAGAAAAUUAUCGCCACAAUUCGAACAAACGCACGUGUGAAAAUAUCCGAUAUUUGCGAGAUAUUUAUUCUAAGGUGUACUUGAUAAAGAACUUGUUGAGCUGCUGCUUCGGAUGGUCUUUUAUAACAUUUCUUAUGGAUUACUACUUUGACUUCGUCAACAGUUCAUAUUGGGCGUAUAUUACUAUCAAUGUUUACGAAUCCAUGUUCAAAAUUAUUCGUAAGAUUUAAGAAUUAAUUCAAAUGAGUUCUCGUAGGAGUAAUAUGCAUUCAAAAUAUUCUGUUUCAGAUGUCCUUUAUGCAAAUAUCGUAACUGAGCAGCCAGUUAACU